UGAUGUACGAAACAAGAGAAACGAAAAACAAAAUUUUUGGUUGUAUCGUAGUGAGCCGCGCACUAUGCGCCAGCUCUACGAUGAUAUAUCUGCUGAUUUUAGUCUUUUCCAUGCUAAAACCUAUUCAAGCGGCAACAACUACGAAUCCAACCAAAUCGCAAGUGCCGCAAAAUUGCACUACGGGCGAUUGCAGGCUUCAUGAUUCAAGACUCAGGAGUUUCCUCAGCGCUGCCCUAUCAGAGGAUUUCGUACCAGUUUUGGCUGCCAAUUCCAUUACUGCAUUUUGGUCAACUAAUGUGGACCUAGGGGACGUCUUUUUCAGGUGUGGCCGCCUCUUUUACACCAGUCACAAUCAACGUCGAUUCGGAGAGGCCGCUCUCGUGUGCGCCAAGCGGAAAAUGCAACUGGUUGCGGUGGAAGACGGAACAAAGAACAUGAACUGUCUUGUGCCUAACUUGAAAGAAAUGUCAAAAGAGGAGCAACAGAACCAGAAAUACUUUUUUGUCUGGACGAGCGGAAUGGCCGAGGGGAGCAUCUGCGGAAACGCGGCGUACUCUUGGUGCGCAGGAAACAGGACCAGCAUCGACGCGAAAGCGUUCGACCUGCCUCUGGAGGUUUCAAAAAACGAAAGGUGUCUCGCUCUUUCCGUGAUGACCAAGACACUCGUUCGUAUGAGCUGCACCACUCCUAAUUACUUCUUUUGCGAAUACAAGUGUAAAACCGUUGCAUGCAUGAGCAACCAGAUAUGCGAAACUAGUAAAAAUGACUCUCUCUUUGAAAGCGGGACUGGAAAAAUAAAACGUCAAUCUGUGAGUGGUGUUUGGGCGGAGUGGCAAAAGACGAUUGGCUACAACAAAUAUUCAUACACUAGCUAUUUAUUUGGCUACAAAAAAGUGAAUUGGACGGAAAACUUAAAGAUUUGUUGCAGCUUGGGAAUGAAGCCGAUCAAAGUCACGGAUGAGCUGCUUUCCGCGCUUAACACCGUGGGCAAUGCAAGCAACAAAAUCACAAUCUUUUACACUCCUGAAUAUGAAUCUGAGACAAAUACAACAGAAGAACGAUUUGUGAUAAAAACUAGUUUCUGGACCGCGGUCACUCGGCUAGGGUGCGCAGGCCAGUACCGCUACUGCUUGUACGACGACAUAGGUCCGUGGGACUCGCAGGACAAGUUUUGGGACAAAGUAAACCCGCGCGACGAUGGAUCGUGUCUCGCCGUCGACAGGGAGUACACAAAGACCGGGACGCCGUUUGGGGUGCGACAGAUGAAGUGCUCGUCCCCAAGUACAAAUUUCGCCUGUCAGAGAGAGGGCCAAAGAGUCGAUGAAUUCGUAAAUGGAGAUCAAGAAAAAAGCACUAGAGUCCAGAGAUCUUGCAACUCUCCCAUUUGCUCGGACUUGAAUUAUUGUCAACUGAAUCAAUUUUCCACUGCUUCUAAAGAAAACAAAGAACGUAUUCUUUUCAAGCCUCGUUCCUUGGGAGAUUGGAAAUCAGCUUGCGGGGUUCGAUUUUUAAUUCACAACCAAAUGAAAGAUUGGUUUGGUGCGCUUGAAUUCUGCUGUUCAUUGGGAAUGCGUCUCUUAUCUGUGCAGUCCUAUGAAAAGUUAAACUGCCUGGAUAGUGUUUUAGAGAUUGAUAUGAUGGGGUAUUGGACAUCGGGAACAAACGUUAAUUGUUCAGAUCAGCGAUACCGCUGGUGCUCACCUGAAUUUAGAGACUACAUCAAACCAAGUUUAAAUCUCGACAACAAAACAAUAAACUUCCAGCCACUUAUGAUGGUAUCGAUGUUACCUCCUCAAAUGACUUCUAAAUUAUGCGUGGUAAUUCAAAAAUCACCGACUUUGGGGCCAGUUUUGGGUGUUGACAUGUGUGCAAUGUCGUUUCGGAAACCUAUUUGCGAAGGUCGCGUGAAGGCGCAGUCACAUCUGCAAGAGGUUUUCAAUGAGUGCAGAGCGACACAUCGCGUCACGCAACGAGACAUUGAAAAAUUCAACAACACUGACGUAGCACGUUCUUCAUUCAAAAUGAAGUGUUUUUCGAGUUGUAUCGCGGAACUUCUUGGAUUGGUUUAUGACAAUGGAGCUUUUUGGGAAGAUGAGGUUGAGAAAGCGAUUAAAAAAGUAAAAGAUCCAAGAGCGCUUGAAGAUUUCCGUUCUGUCAUGAAAAAAUACCCUGUAAGCUUAUUUAAGAAAGCAUCAGAUGAUUUGAACGCCCUGAGAAUGACGCUCUUGGAGAAGAACAAAGAAGAAGCUUGGAAAUCUACUUUGUUCAUUAACAUGGCAAUUGACAAGUUUUCGGAAUGCAAAACAAUAGCACGCUCUAACAAAACACAAGAUGAUUGUUCGUUUGUACAUAAUGUCAUCAAAUGUUUUACCAAUGAUUCAUCGCUGGAAAAAUUCUGGAACAGAGAUUUAAACAACUUAUUCAGUUCAAGAGACUAUGCUAUGACGUUAUCAAAAUCUUUUAAUGAAAUUUCGCUUUUGGACUCACUUUCGAAGAUGAGUUCGCCGGAUUUAAAGCUUGAUUAUACAAAAGACUAUAGGAAAUUGCAGCAAUACAUUGAAUACGUUGAUCAGGAAUCAUUCUCAGAAGAGUUCACAAGCUCGCGUUGCAGCUUUAAAGCUUUGCGGCCAAAAAAUAUUUCAAAGGAAGCUUGCUUAGUGAAAGACAAAUAUUUUGAACCGAUAUCUGGUUAUGAAGACAUUUUGCAGAGUAAAGCGCUUAACCAGACGCAGUGUUGUGGCUCUCCAACGGCCGCUGCUGCCCUUUGCUAUCGAGCGAAUGGAAGUUUGAUUACGUCUGCUGACUUCAGCAAUGCAGGAAUUUUAACGAGCAUCGCGAAAGCACAGUUCCAACGUUUAGCAUUAAUAUUGUCAGCAGCCAAGGACCUAAUGAAGAUGGAGCAAAUCAAUCCUUCCAUGCUUUUGGAUGAAAUUUAUGAAGACCCUCAAGGAUUGAAUCGUUGGUGCAGUACCUCAGCUGAGGUGCCAAAAGAAAUGCUUAACACUUUUGGCUUCUCUCAAAACUUAAUUUUCUACUACGAUGAAGCUUCGAAGAAAUAUUCAUCACUCCCUGUGAACUAUAAAAAUAACUUGGUCCCUUCAUUUUUCUGCAAGUUUGAUAAAUCAUUUUUGGCACUGUGUAAGACAAUAAUAGCCAAAUGAAAUGUACGCACUGAUUUUGCAUUGAUUCUAUUCACGAGAUUUGAGUGUGUUUUGUUGUUCAGUGGUGAAGUCGGGAUUAAAACUGGAAUUUUUCUUUGGGAACAAAUAAAAAAGUGUGUGCUUGAACUGUUUUAAAUAAAUUAAGUGAAACACACGUGAUACAUUUGUGUAGCUCCUGAAACAAUGUUUCACGUGGCGUAUGUGUCUAAAUAAAGCGUUUGGAUUUUGCUUUAAAGCAAUUAA